AUGAUCGUUCUCGUGUACCCCUGUACCGCCGCAGUGGCCGCGGACGAGUCCUUGGCUCUGGUGGAUAUCUGUACAUCCAUCGAGACGGUCCGCAGGAGCGCUUCAGUAUUCAACAGCCGGGAGAGGGAACCUCGACACUGCGAGAUCGACAGUCCCAGUGGCACCGAUGCACAUCUUGUUGAGGAGGACUUUGUUCCACUGAGCAAGUCAUCGAAGCGACAGCGUGCCGAGGAGCCGGGAUCAUCAGAGGACGAGAAGACGGCGUACAGAUCGAUCAAAGGCAAGGCCAAGGCUCAUGAAUUUUCUGACAGCGAUAUCGACUUCGAUUCAGAUGCCGAAGAUGGCGAGUUCGACGUUGGGUCCGAUGAUCCCCUGAGGCAACGGUCGAUCCAACUGUCCCGCCGGGUCAAGGAGCAUCCUGGAGACAUUGAAGCCUGGUUUGAACUGAUCAAUCACCAAGACGUGCUACUGAAUUCGGGCGGGAGCCUGGACCGAGAUGCCACCAAAGCCGAGGUUCACAGCUUUGCAGAAAUCAAAAUAUCAAUGUUCGAGUCUGCCCUAUCUCACGCAAAGAAGCUCGAAGACGAAGAACGGCUCUUCCUUGGCUUGAUGCUGGAAGCAGCACAGGUUUGGUCCUCCUCAAAGCUCGAGAGCCGCUGGGCGGAUUUGGCAAAGAAGCACGAUGAUAGCUUUUGUCUGUGGAAGGCUAGAAUUGACUACAAACUUGCGAAUUUGGUUGCGUUCCAGUACAACGACAUAAAAGUCCUGAUGGUCGACCGAUUACAGACCGUCUACAAGCAAGCCAUGGUGUCAGUGUCGCCCGGGCCAAGCCGCCUGGCAAGCAAUGCAGAGACUAAGCGCUACGAGCAGAUGGUUUAUGUCUUUCUCAGGACAACCAGGUUCAUGUACGAUGCUGGCUUCCGUGAGCUCGCAGUCGCAGCGUGGCAAGCGCUCCUGGAACUAAACCUACAACGGCCAGCGGUCUGCGACACCAUGGCAGAACUACAGAUAGUCAGUUCGUUCAAAGACUUCUGGGAAGACGAGUCACCAAGAAUAGGAGAAGACAAUGCCCUCGGCUGGAACCACUACGUCCAGAUGGAUGGCGUUGUUGACCCUCCAGAACCCCGCACAGACGACGAUACUGUCCCCAAGUCGCGAGACGUGUACAAGUCCUGGGGUGCAACGGAAAAGCUUCGAGCGACGAACUCAAGGAACCCGGCACGAGCUACAGACGAUGUCCUCGAGGAUGAUCCUUACCGUGUUGUUAUGUUCUCGGACAUUGAGGAGUUACUAUUUGUGAUCCCGUCAGAGAUCAUACCCUCACUUUGGAGGCCUCUAGUUGAUGCUUUCCUGCUCUUCUGCGGUUUGCCCACUGCGUUCCGGACCAGUGACUGGACGGAAGCUGCAGAGAACGACACAGUGGUCAUGAGCAAUAUGAGGCUACUUGAGAAGGACGUGCUUCAAAGGCCCAACGAACCCGACAUUCUAGAUGAGACCAAGAGAGUUCCGACAUUCAAGCAAGAUGCAUCUCGGUACGCACUGUCGGCUGACUUGCUAUUUGCUGGCCCCGGAUGGUUUUCGCCGUUUUCCGGAUGGACCAGUACAUCCAAAGAGUCUGAUGGACCCGUCACCAUAGCUACUGUCUCCAAUGCUCUUCGGUUGCUGCUGAAGUCGAGCAGCCGUCAGGAACUGGCCGAAUACUCUCUGGCCAUUGAAGUCGUCAAUGAUCCCAGUAACACCAAGAAACGCGCAAAGGCUCUCAUCAAGCAAGACCCCUCGAAUCUCAGGCUAUACAAUGCUUAUGCUCUCGCCGAAUUUUCCAACGGCAACGCGGGAAUAGGUCUCCAAGUUGUCGGUUCAGCGACCGGCUUGAUUACCGCUCUAAUGAUCAUCUACCAGACCUUCAAUAACGUCGAUGGAUCAAUGUUAUGGAAUACCUGGGCUUGGCUGGAGCUCCACGGAGGGAAUAAUGCUCAAGCCUUGGUGCGUAUCUGUGCUGCGGCAGAUGAGUCCUGGAGAAAUGCCCUUGCAAUCACGCCCUCUCCUUCACAACUUCUCAAGGUAAAUCAAUCAUUAUCAGCUACUCUGGAGCAUCAAAUGUCUACGAAGCAGCUCAAUGAUGCUAUAGCUACCGCGGAGAGCUUGGCAUUGCUGGCCUACCUCACAGCACAGGAAGGAUCUGAGCCUACAUCAGAGGCGCAAGGAAGUGUCUCGGCUGCGAUGGAGAGAAUCUGGACCGCGUCUUCAGAAUUGUGUGCUCAAGGUCAUGCCAAGUCGUCGACGCAUGAGAGACUUCUUCAAGUCGCUGCGAGGCUUCUUUACCACCAUGCAAGCCGAGGCUUCUUGAGCCUGUUCUCUUGGGCGUCAACCACGUUCGGCAUUGACGACCCUGUUCGUGACAUCCUCCGAAAAGUCGCUCUCACGAACGCCAAUGACAGCAUUAGCAACCGUGUCUUUGCGAUUCGAUAUGAGCUACAGAGGGGCAACGUGUACUCCACACAAGCAGCCUUUGAGCGGGCACUAGACAGCCCAACAUGCAGGUCCAAUCCCGAUCUCUGGCGAUGCUACAUCAAGUUCAGCUACGCGAGGCAACAGCUUAGGUCCAAGGCAAAGGAUGUGUUCUUCCGAGGUCUUCGCCAUUGUCCGUGGUCAAAGGAGCUGGCACUCGAGGCCUAUACGACACUUGUUAGCGUGAUGGACGAGUUUGAGCUGCGGUCCGUUUUCAAUACGAUGUCAUCCAAGGGGUUACGGAUACAUGUUGAUUUAGACGAGUUUUUGACCCAGCACAAAAAGACGUAA